UUAGCUGGCAAGAUUGAUAGAGGAAUUCUGCCUCAAAGUCUCAAACGUUAGUGGAUGAGAAUGUAGCACAACUCAUUCUGUCCACUGCCAGCACACAUGCUUACGAUGACAUAGAUGGAUAACUAAAGGCAACGAACCCUCUUAACUACAUAACUAUUUUCCACCAAGUAUUCCCUUUGAUGCUCGAACUUGAGUCUAUGAAUUCAAGACCAACUCUCUUUUUGUAGUUAGGCUUUGUGGGUUCUGCUUGUUACUUGAUCAGAAGCUGUAUAAAGAAAAAUGAAGAGCAAGUUUCUUUCUUCUAGACAAGAUAAGGCCACCAUGGGUAGGAGAUGUGUUGACGGAGAGAACGCUACUGGUAGUUCAGUAACUGGUGCAAAGCAAAAUAAGUGCAUCCUUUUUCCAGCCAAAGUGAGUCUGGUUGCUGAAGCUUUUGAAAGAAGAAACCAGAAUUGGAUUGUUCAUGCAAAAGUUGCAAGUGAUUUGACCAUACAAAUUGGUGAUUCAGUCUUUCAGUUACAUAAGCUUCCAAUGGUAUCAAGAAGUGGAUUCUUAAAUAGAUUAGUAUUCCAGAGAAGAAGCUAUGGGGAGAAAAAUAAUGUCCCUAAGAUUCAAAUAGACAAUUUUCCGGGUGGAGCUGAAAUCUUUGAGAUAGUGGUGAAAUUCUGCUAUGGAUGGAAUGUUGAUCUGACAGCAGCCAAUAUCGCUCCUGCAUAUUGUGCUGCACAUUUCCUGGAAAUGAGUGAUGAUCUUGAACAAGGAAAUCUCAUUUCCAAGACGGAGACUUUCCUGAGUUUUAUACUGCUUUCAUCAUGGAAAGAUAUAUUUCAGAUUUUCAAAAGCUGUGAGGCCAUUUCUUCAUGGGCGAAGAAAUUACAUAUCCUGAAACGAUGCUCUGAAGCCAUUGCUUGGAAGGCCAGCAUAGACCAAAAAGAUCUCACGUCUACUGAUGAUGCGUUGAACUUUAAUUCUCAAGAAAAUAAUGCAGAAAAUUUACAACAUGGAUGCAUUUCUGAGAAUUGGUGGUUCGACGAUGUUUCAUUUCUUCGAAUAGAUCAAUUUCUUGAAGUCAUUGAAUGUAUUAAAAGAAAAGGGAUAAGAUCAGAACUUGUUGGUUCAUGCAUAGCUCACUGGACGGAAAAAUGGCUUUCUCAAAUUCCUUUUGGGCAGCACAAUCUGCCAAAACAUCUAACACACCAAUUACUGAGAGUUACUGCAGAAAGUUUGAUUAAGGUACUUCCUCCGGAGAAGAAUUCAGUUUCUUGCAAUUUUUUGCUUCACCUUCUUAAGUUGGGAGUUAUGAUGAGAAUUAAUUCUGAACUAUCAAAUAAGCUGGAACAAAGAAUAGCUCUCAUGUUGGAGGAAUGUUCUGCUUCAGAUCUUUUGGUCAAGAAUUAUGACACAAACAAUAGUCUUUAUGAUGUGAAACUUGUUGCAAGGGUAGUGGAAGCAUAUCUUUCCUCUACGUUGAAGAAUCCAGCACCAAGACUGUAUGUUGUUGGAAGGUUGGUGGAUGAGUAUCUUACAAUGAUUGCUAGAGAUGAGAAGCUUUCAGUUGAACAGUUCCAAUUGAUAGCAGAAACAUUACCAAAAGAUGCAAGAUAUUGUAAUGACAAGCUGUAUAGGGCCAUAGACAUGUAUUUCAAGGCACAUCCCACUCUAACAGAGGAAGAAAGAACAAGCAUAUGCAGAGCCAUGGACUAUCAUAAACUCUCGAAAGAAGCUCGCCAUCAUGCGAUGAAGAAUGAAAGAUUACCCUUGUAUUUUUCAAUGCGAAUUAUCCUUCUUGAACAAGUAAAUGUGACGAAGUCAAUGACAGGCAAUGGAUCCAAUUACCGGAGAACAAGGACUCAAACUAUCAUCAGAGUGAGCAAGGGAUUAGAUCAGGGAUGCCUGACAUCGAGGAAGGAGAUUAAGAUGAUGAAGCAAGAGGUUGAGAACAUGAAGGUGCAGCUAAAUGCAUUGCAAAUGUGUAAAAUGCAGCUUCAGAGACAAGUAAAGGGAUGCACUUUCUAGAAAAAUGGUGUAGGUAAUUCAAAAACAAUAAAUCAUAGCAUCUUCAGAGAGCAGUGCUCUCCUGGAGAUUUGUACUGUAGAUUAUGGUUAAAAUGCCUCUUAUUUAUUUAAUUAGAACUAAUCAAUUAAGGUAGACAACUUCUGCA